UUUGAGACCUCUUUUUCUCCCCUACACAUGAAACCCUCCUCCACUCCGCUCUUCUUCCUCCUCUCCAGUUUAUGUAUCCCCUUUAUAAUCUUCUUUAUCCAGCCGGCUCUUCUUCUUCUUCUUCUGUGGUCGUCUCCUCCCUCCCAGCUGCUCCGGGAUCAGCUGCACGCCGGACGGAUCUGUGUCUCCAGCUGUGUGGAUCCAGUCCUGCAGACAGACAAGCAGGCAGGCAGGCAGGCAGGCAGGCAGAGAGGCAGGGUCGGCCAUGUUGUUGUGUGGGGGUUGAUGUAAGUUUAGUAGUAGGAAGUGAAGAAGCGACAAAGGGCUGGGACACUUCAGGAUCUCACUUUUCCUCCUCUCCUCUCCGCUGUCAUGCUGCUGCUGGUUUCUGUGUCUGCUCCGCCGCCUCCGCCAUCCGCACAGCCUGCAACACUUGCGCUGCUUUGAUUUAACUUCAGCACUAAAAAAAAACAAAAAACAAACAAACAAAAAAAAAAACCUCACCACAGUUUGAUGGAUGAAGUGAGAAUGAAGGAGGCUCGGUCCCGGUUGGAAUAACUCGGGAUUUUUCUAUUUCCGGAUUUCACGAGGGGAGGUGAAGAAAACGGGAGAAAUCGCAGAAGAGGAACGCGGAUUUGAGAAGCAGGGUGAGACGAUGGGCUGCAUAAAGAGCAAAGAGGACAAAGGCACGACAAUGAAGUAUCGGCAGGAAAACUCCACGGGAUCAGACCCAAACGCCAUCGCCACAACGCCUCACGUCGGCCAUUACGGACCUGAUCCCACCCAGCUCCAGCAGAAUCCGCCUACCUCCUCGUCAUCGGGCUCCGGGGGUGCAAGCUUCAACCACACCCUCACGCCGUUUGGAGGCUCCUCGUCUGCCAUUACUCCCUUUGGAGGGGCGUCGUCCUCUUUCUCCGGCCCCGUGUCCAACUCUUUCUCUGGUGCCGUCUCCAGUGGCGUCACUUUCUUUGUGGCCUUGUACGACUAUGAAGCUAGAACAUCAGAUGAUCUUUCAUUCAAAAAAGGAGAUCGCUUCCAAAUCAUCAACAACACAGAGGGAGACUGGUGGGAGGCUCGCUCCAUCAACACGGGGAGGAAAGGUUACAUCCCGAGCAAUUGUGCCCCUGCAGACUCCAUCCAGGCUGAAGAGUGGUACUUUGGUAAGAUGGGACGCAAAGACGCUGAGAGGCUGCUGCUGAAUCCAGGGAACAAUCGAGGAACGUUCCUGGUGCGAGAAAGUGAAACUACUAAAGGUGCUUACUCUCUCUCCAUACGGGACUGGGAUGAUGCCAAAGGAGACAACGUGAAGCACUACAAGAUCCGCAAGCUGGACAGCGGGGGAUACUACAUCACCACGCGAGCACAGUUCGAUACAUUACAGAAGCUUGUCAAACACUACACGGAACACGCUGACGGGCUCUGCCACCGGCUGACCACCGUUUGUCCCACGGUCAAGCCUCAGACCCAAGGGCUGGCUAAAGACGCCUGGGAGAUUCCUCGAGAGUCCCUGCGACUGGAGCUCAAACUGGGCCAAGGCUGCUUUGGAGAGGUCUGGAUGGGCACGUGGAACGGCACCACAAAGGUGGCCAUAAAGACGCUGAAGCCGGGCACCAUGUCCCCAGAGGCCUUCCUGCAAGAGGCUCAGAUCAUGAAGAAGCUGAGGCACGACAAACUGGUGCCUCUUUAUGCUGUGGUGUCCGAGGAGCCCAUUUAUAUCGUCACAGAGUACAUGGCUAAAGGAAGCCUGCUUGACUUCCUCAAAGAGGGUGAUGGAAAGUUUCUGAAGCUCCCAUUGUUGGUGGACAUGGCUGCACAGAUUGCAGACGGCAUGGCUUUUAUCGAGAGGAUGAACUACAUCCACAGGGACCUGCGUGCUGCCAAUAUUCUUGUGGCCGACAACCUGGUGUGCAAGAUCGCUGACUUUGGUUUGGCCAGGUUGAUAGAGGACAAUGAGUACACAGCCAGACAAGGAGCCAAAUUCCCCAUUAAAUGGACGGCCCCCGAGGCCGCUCUCUACGGCCGCUUCACCAUCAAGUCAGACGUCUGGUCCUUUGGGAUCUUACUCACCGAGCUGGUCACCAAAGGCAGAGUGCCCUACCCGGGGAUGGUGAACCGAGAGGUACUGGAGCAGGUUGAGCGAGGCUAUCGCAUGCCCUGCCCCCAGGGCUGCCCCGAGUCCCUGCACGAGAUGAUGAAGCUGUGCUGGAAGAAGGAGGCGGACGAGAGGCCGACGUUCGAGUACCUCCAGUCCUUCCUGGAGGAUUACUUCACCGCCACAGAGCCACAGUACCAACCCGGAGAGAACCUAUAGCCUGCCUGGACGCCUGGAAGUGGACGCGGUUAUUGAAAGAAGGAAAAACAAGAGCUCUUAAUUAUUCACUUGAUCAGAAACUAGACUAAACCACUACUUGCUCAACCACAUAUUUUUGGCUCUCAUCGUCCGCCAUCAUUUCAUCUUUUUGUUUUUCAUUCAUGGUACCACACGUCUGACCAAUGGGUUUUACCACCGUGCACGAUUAACGACUGUUUUUCAUUUUUAAAUCCAUUGUAAACACCCCACAUGUGGGACUCUUUGUGGUGAACACAGUAUGUCGCUGUGAAAUAAGCUGUGAUAAUCCCUCGCAUUAGAAAAAACCCCAUCACAGAGUCCCAAAUGUUGGGCUUUUGUUGGGGUUUCAUGUGGUGAUCUCACACUACAUUUGCCUUCCAAAUUGCUUUCUUUUGUGGUGGAUUGGUAAAUUAUGCAUUAAUGCAAUUAAUUAUUAAGAGAGAUAAUAUAUUAGACUAAUGGGGAGAAGCUCUCAGGGGACUAACGGUCCAUUUAACGGUGAUUAUUUAACAGAAAAUCCCACACAGCUUGACUUUACUUACAUUCCGCUACAGUGCAGUUCUUGUGUUUUUGCAAAUGGAUGAAAGGACUGUGACAUGAUUUUUAAUGCCUUCCUCAUCUUUGACUGUAUAUUUUUUUUUUCUAUGUUCCUUUGCUCUAACAUUUGAUUCAUAUCACUCAGACAUGGAUUUAUAGCUCCCGUUGACGAUUGUUACGACUCUCCAUCAUCCUCCAGAAAUCUCUUUUUAAGUCUUCUUAUCACAAAGCCAUAAUUCUUUCUGCACCACACUGGCCCGGGUUGUGUAAUCUCACUGUGAUCACCCGCUCUGACACAUGCUUACAUAAAGACGCUCUGGUUGAUGUGUCAGUGAGUUAAAGAGUGAUGAAACACGUGGACGUGUGGCUCUUUGCCAAACCACAACGACACCUAAGGAAACGUCUGCCAGCCGAGGAUGCAGGACUGGCUGUCAAAGUUCUUUCUAUGAGUGGAAAUCAUGAACAAAUCCACCGGGGGGAAAAAACAGACUUUAAAAGCACUUAGGACUCUUUUGUGUUCAUGCAUCUCCGCAAAGACUAUUUGUACUGCAAUGAUCGCCCUUUUUUUACAGUGAUUUUUACCUUUGCAUUUGUGUGGACUAAUUUGGGACAGUGUUAUGAUGCAAAUUCACGCCCGAACUUGUAAAGAAGGGCUUUGUGUAAUAUAGAAAUCCUCAUUUUGAAAAGAUUAUGAACAAAAAUGAGAAAAACUGCAAAUUAUAUUUGGGUGGGAAGAAGUGGGUUGAGUCCUGAUCGGGGAGUUUGUACAAUAAAAGACAUGAUUUUA